AUGGAGCGCCCGAGGCGCAGAGUACGCUCGACUAACGACGGGGCUGACGUAGAAAAUGCACCCAAUCCAACAACUCGGCCGGCCGAUCCCACGAUCCACGAGGACGGAGUUGCGACUGGGUUCGCUGACAUUUACGGAUCUUUGACCAGCAGGCAGACUAGCGUCAUCACAAUUGGAUCAGCGAUUGGGACCGGGUUGAUGGUCACGAGUGGGUUGGCCAUGUCGAUGAGCGGCCCCGUCGCCCUUCUGGUCUCAUACUCGAUCGUCGGAUUCACAGUGUACCUCGUGCUCUCAGCCUUGGGAGAGGUGACGGCCUGGCUUCCAAAGACAUACACAGUCGCCGAUCAGGCUGUCCGAUUCUGUGAUCCUGCGCUGGGCUUCAGUCUCGGCUGGAUAUACUGGCUGAAAUAUGCUAUCAUCACCCCCAAUCAGCUCGUCGCCGCAUCGUUGGUCAUAUCAUUCUGGGUGGAUACUGAUAUUGUCAACCCAGGCGUGUGGGUCACGAUUUUUCUUCUUGUCACCGUCGCCUUGAACUGUCUGCAUCAUGGCCUGCCAAGCCAAGUUGAGUUCUAUGUCUCGUCCUUUAAACUUCUUGUCAUGGCUGUAUUGAUGAUCUUGUCUCUGGUGAUUGCACUCGGUGGAGGUCCAGACCGAGACCUUCGUGGAUUUCGAUACUUCAAAGACCUUGACAGUGGGGACGCUGGAAGCAGCGGUGGCAACCAUGCUCUCCAUCAAUUUUUCAAAGCGUGUGGUACCAUGUCCCCGGCAACAUUCGCUUACAUUGGAAGCGAAAGAUCGGCCAUCGUGGCGCGAGCACCGAAUACCCGCAAAGUUAUUUCUCGCUCAAUCAACCACACCUUCUAUCGACUGCUCGUCUUCCACCUCCUCGGAAUUAUUCUGGUCGGCAUGAUGAUACCUCCAAAGUAUAUUUCGGCCACGUGGGUCCGUGGAGAUAUUGAUAGUAAAAAGGCAAAAAAUCCAGCCGUGUCGCCCUUUGUUGCUGCUCUCUGUCUUGCGCACAUCGCAGUCGCGCCGCACCUUUUGAACGCCUGUAUCUUGAUAUUCAUUCUCUCGAUCGCGAGCUAUGAUCUAUACCUGGCCACAAAAGCAAUCUGUGACCUGUCGUUGAAGCACCGUGCCCCUGGUUUUCUAUCACGUACAAAUCGUCGCGGCAUCCCCGUCUACGCACUCGGGGUAUGCGUCUCACUCGCCCUACUCGCAUACAUCAACGUCGGCCGAGACUCAUCCCAAAUUUUCGACUACUUUGUCAAAAUGGUAACCAUGCUCGGAAUCCUCACAUGGAUGUCCAUUCUGUUAACCCACAUAUCGUUCGUGCGAGCUCGACGGGCCCAGGGCAUUUCCGACUCGGUUCUGGUUUUCAGAGCAUCCUUCGGUAUGCUAGGCAGUUGGCUCGGGAUGGCUCUUUGCGUCUUUAUAUCGUCAACUAUGAUAUUCAACAGCAUCGACUUUGUGGGAAGUAGACCCGUGUUCGAUUAUAAAUCGUUUGUGGCUGCGUACAUCGGUGUUCCCAUUUACCUAUUUUUGUAUCUUGGAUACAAGCUUGUGGCGAGGAGCAGCCAUGUCAGUCCUACUGAUGCAGAUCUUUGGUCGGGGAAAACGGAUGCUCAGUCGCGGCGACCGCGACCAGUUACUGGCUCGGUGUUUGAGCUUUAG